ACUGAUAGACGGCACUGACUGGCAUCACUGCUGGGCACUGACUGGCGGCACUGACUGGCACAACCGCUGGACACUGACUGGUGGCACUGACUGGCAGCACUGGUGGGUGGCACUGGUGGGUGGGCACAGGUGGGUGCACUGCUGGGCACAGGUGGAUGCACUGCUGGGCACAGGUGGGCGGAACUUGCGGGUUCCACUGCUGGGGCCGAUCAUCAAGGGCACUGAUCAUCAGUGCCCUGAUGAUCGGUGCCGAUCCUCGCUCUGACAACUGCCGGUUCUCGGCAGUACUUUCCUCACGAUCUGACAGCGUGAGGAAAGUGCAGCCGAGAACCGGCACUUGC